GUUGAACAAGGGUCUCGCUCUCGAAAACAGUCGAAGAUACGCUAACACAGAUACUAUUGAUGGCUAGAUAGUAGGCAUCUGAGGAGCAGUACGAAACGAGCAAGCAAAAAAACAUACCAAUACACGAUGGAAGGCGACGGUGUGUCUCCUUCGACAGCAGGUUUGGUCGUUUCCCACCACGACAACGGAAGCGAGAGUGACGACGUAGUGCCAACGCAGGCCGAUCCCGAACACGACAUAUCCGUAGAGAUCGAAGGCGACGAAAAGAAGAAGAUUGGCAGGACCACGUCGGUGACAGCGUCGUCACCUUGCGCAACUCGAGACAAUGUGGGGGACGACGUUUUGAGGGGACCCGAUUUAAACGAAUCCAAGACGUCUUUGGAUUCCAAGUUAUAUCGCCAAAUUCUACUACCUAAUGGCUUGCGUGCAGUCUUGAUCCAAGAUACCAUCGCCAUGCAUCAAAACUCCCGUUACGAGUUGGGCGGGUCGGAUGAGGAGGAGGACGACAACGACAUUGACGAUGCAACUGCCGAUCAAGCUACACCUGCCUCCACCCGCUUGCACCAUUCGCGCCACGGAAGGAGCGCCACGGAAUCCGACGACGAUAGUGACGUUGACGAUAAUGAUGACGACGAUACGGGUUUGCGUGACGCCGCCGCAUCCAUUCUCGUCGGUGUUGGGUCCAUGUACGAUCCUGUCACCUGCCAAGGUCUCGCUCAUUUUCUCGAACAUUUACUCUUCAUGGGAUCCGAAAAAUAUCCCGGAGAAAACGAAUACGAAUCCUUUGUCGCGAAACACGGUGGAACAGACAACGCUUGGACAGAAUGGGAGUAUACCACGUAUACGGUUUCGAUUCCGCAAGAAUACCUUUGGGAAGCCAUGGAUCGCUUGGCGCAGUUCUUUGUGGCACCACUCUUGUUAGAAUCAGCCGUCGAUCGGGAAUUGAAUUCUAUUGAAUCCGAGUUUCAACUCAACAAAAAUUCCGACUCGUGUCGGUGGCAACAGCUCUUGUGCGCCACGUCUCGUCCCGAUCAUCCCAUGGCCAAGUUCAGCUGGGGCAAUCUGCGCUCUUUGAGGGAGAUCCCCCAAGCGCUCGGCGUCGACCCACUCGUUGAAUUGCGACGUUUUUACAAUCAAUAUUACUACGCUGCCAAUAUGAGGGUUUGCGUUAUUGGAGCGUACACGCUAGACGAAAUGGAACAACGCGUACAAUCUAUGUUUGCGAAAGUGCCAGCUUUGCCUCGCACGCCCGGGCCCCUAGCGCUACCGCUCAAGCCAGAAACAGGAUUAUGUUCCUGGCAAGCCGAAUAUCAUAGUCCCUUGCGAGAGGUCGGUUGCCCUUUGGCGGAGCAUGCUUUACAGAAGAUUUUUCGGAUCGUUCCCGUCAAAGACAAACACGCGCUGUCCAUUACUUGGCCCUUUCCAGGACAAAUGGAUCAGUGGCGAACCAAGCCGGGCGACUUCUUGGCGCAUUUAUUGGGACACGAAGCAAGUGGUUCGCUGCUCUCAUACUUUCGAUCCCAGUCUUGGGCGACUAGUUGCAUGGCUGGUGUGGGCGAAGAAGGUAGUGAAAGAGCGAGCAGCCACGCCUUAUUCAAUAUGUCCUUCGCGCUCUCGAAAGAAGGCCUGGAGCAUUGGAGAGACAUGGUUGCUGCUGUUUACGAGUACAUAGGUAUGUUGCGUUUCAAGUCCGAGCAUGGUUGGCCGGAAUGGAUUUUCGAUGAGUUGCGCAGCAUUCACGAAGUAUCUUAUCGCUAUGGUGACGAGGCCUCACCGGAAGAUAUUGUUGAAGCCAUGACGGAAAGCAUGGCGCCACACUACCGAUUGCCACCUGAGCGUUUGCUGGAUGGUCCACAUCUACUGUUUGGAUUUGACGCGGCGGCAAUUUCUUCCCUGUUGGAUUGCAUGACUCCUCAAAAUGCACGUAUCGAUUUGACGUCAUCGUCGUUUGGACGGCCAGCAGAUUUCGGUGUUGUGAUUGCGGAAGAUUCCACCGACACUCUUGUUACGGAUCUUCAGAUCGCCGAUGAGAUGGAGCUAUUCGAUGCGUCGGUAGCUGGUCCGCCUCAAAUUGAGCCCAUGUUUGGUACAUUUUUUUGGUGUUCUGAUGUUCCCUCUGACUGGAUUGUGGAUUGGUGCUCGUUGGCGCGACCGCAAGAGCCUACUUUGCGCAUUGGUUUGCCGCCACGCAAUCCGUUUGUUCCAGAAAAGUUUAAUCUCAAACCCUUGCCUUCCGAUGAUGCUCGACAUCCUUUGCUGAACUCUUCAUUAAAGCUUUGUAUUGCUGUUGGCAAAUCGAAGCAAUGGUUCCCGGCGACAGUUGUUCAGUACAAUGAAAAGAAGAAUGCUUUGCUACUGUCUUACGAAGACGAAGAUGAACAAUGGCAUGUCUUGGAUCGACAUAUUGAGACGUUUCCUCCUGAUCAGAUUACUCCCGACUUUGAAGGAACAAUGGACGAGAAGAAGGUCAAGUAUCGCAUCGUGGCGCUCGCACAGCCAGGCAUGGGUCCGUUGCGAAAAUUUGCCGACGACAGUGAUUUUGCCGCCGAGAAUGGCACAGCCUUCCCCCCCAUUCCACCGGCGUUACCACCUUCUAGACUACCCAAACAGAUAUGCAACUCGAACUUGCUCAAAAUGUGGUAUCUGCAAGAUCGAAGCUUCCAUCGACCUAUUGCUGAGCUACGUCUAGAAAUUAUUUGCGGAAAAGCGAAUAGUUCGCCGCUGCACAAGGCUUGUGCCGAAUUGCUGGUCGAGCUCUGCGUUGACAAUUGCCUGGAAAUGACUUAUUUGGCUAGUGUCUGUGAACUGGGCUCGUUAUUGGUCGCGACUGAUGUGGGUUUCUAUUUACGCUUCCAUGGGUUUGACAACAAGCUUUCGGAUCUGUUCGAAAGGUGCAUAAUUGUUUUCCUGAGUUUUCGGCAGGAAGUGGAUACCUUGCCGUCCGGUAUUGACGGAUCAAGAUUUAGGGCUUGCUUGGAAGUUCUUCGUCGAAGAUAUCGCAACCAGGACAUGUCCGCUUCACACCUUGCCGGAAACUUGCGACUCCGUGCUUUGCGACCGAGCAUCUGGUCGGCGAACAAAAAAUUGCAUUCAAUCAAAGACCUUUGUGUUCCUUUAUUCGCAAAAACGGUUUCAGAAGUCUUGGCCGAUUUUGCCACUGAAUGUCUCCUCCACGGUGGCAAGGGUCUUCCACGUAAAAAGUAUCCAGCCCAGUCGAUGAUCCGCAUUCCGUCGGUUGACAAACCAGUUUCCCUUAUUGCCCCUUCAAAGGAUCCUGGGGAACCAAACACGGCAGUGGAAGUCUAUGUACAGGUGAACAAGGACAAUCUGCACGAACGUGUUUUGAUUGAUCUUCUUGUACACAUAAUUGAUGAGCCGAUUUACGACCAGAUCCGGACGAAAGACCAAUUUGAAUAUGAUGUACACUGUGAUAUUAGAUGGUCGUACGGUAUUAUGGGAAUUGUAUUCAAAAUUGUAACAAACGUGAAGAGUGCAUCUGCAGCUGUCGAACGCAUUGACAAGUUCUUGUCGGACUUCCGUGUAGAUCUUGAGACAAUGUCGGCAGCCGAAUUCUUGGAGCACCUGGUGGGGCUUUCAACUCAAAAGCUGGACAUGUUCAACUCUCUGUCCGAACAAUGCGAUCACUACUGGUGUGAAAUUAGGGACGGGCGAUUUGAGUGGGAAGCAUAUCGGGACGAAGCAAUUUGCCUUCGAAGCGUGCAGAAAGGCGAACUUCUCAAAGCUUUCGACAAAUGGUUGAACCCAGCUAGCCGUCGCAAUGUUAUUGCAAUUCAAGUGAUCGGGACCGGAGAGGGCGAUGUGUCAAUCGGUCGGCCUUCUCUCGAAAGUGACAAAGUCGAUGAUUACUUGGACGCAGUGUCAUCAGACUUUCACAUUCUCUGCAAAGCGCAAACGUGGGGCCGAGUGAACUCGAAGCUCUUUUGAGCGUGUAUAUUGCUACAAAUGACCAAGUGGUGCGGCCACUUUCAUAGAAUAUUUGUCUUCUAAAGUCCUACCUAGCUAGCUGACUAUCAAUGCGAGCG